ACUACCUUCACAUUUGACAUGAUUGCUGACAUUUGCUCCAGAUCGCUAACGAAACUUCCACUUCUUAUGCAGCACCGAUUACUAUCACUGCAGGCGUAAGGGAGGCAACGCAACAACAACUACUGCUGCAGCUGAGGCACCACCUCCACCACCUCCGGCUGCAGAGGCUCCUCCAGCGGCCGAACACACUUCAGCAGCGCCCCCUAUGGCAGAGCAUACAUCCGCAGCACCCCCAGCAGCAGAGGUUCCUCCGGCAGUUGAGCAUACUUCAGCAGCACCUCCAGCAGCUGCAGCGCCCCCCAUGGCAGAGCAUACAUCGGUCGCAGCGGCGCCUCCUAUGGUAGAACAUACCUCUGCAGCACCCCCAGCCGCCGCAGCGCCUCCUCCAGCAGAGCAUACUUCAGCAGCACCUCCCGCAGCAGCAGUUCCUCCGGCUGUUGAGCAUACUUCAGCAGCACCUCCAGCAGCUGCAGCGCCACCCAUGGCAGAGCAUACAUCCGUUGCAGCAGCACCUCCUAUGGUAGAGCACACAUCUGCGGCGCCUCCAGCAGCGGCAGCGCCUCCAGCUUCGCAAAUUACUGUCAUUGCAGGCCACCCUGGCGCAGCACCAGCCGCCAGUAACGAGACAACCGUGGCCGCGGCGGCUCCACCUCCCGCAGCGGCUAUCACAGUCAUUGCAGGAGGAUCCGGUGCAGCCUCCGCUACGACAGCAGCAGCGGCACCACCUCUCCAAGCGGGUGGCAAUCCUAUGGGUGGGAACGAAACCGCGGCAGCAGUGGAAACAUCCUCCAAGCCGGCACCCCCAGCCAUAACUGUCAUUGCUACCCAUGCCACCGCUCCAGCAGCAGGAGGAGCAGCAGGCAGUGUUACUGUCAUAGCCGGGUCUUCUGCCGCUGGAGUAGUUGCGCCCCCAGCAGCCUCUGCCCAAGCAGAUUCAUGCAACUGCCAGUGUUCUUGCCCUCUGGGAUCUUUCCCCAUGGUCGCACCCGCAGCUCCACCAUUCCAGCUUCAACCAGAUCUCCUAGGAAGCAUGUCGGCGCCCCCUAAUACCCUUCAAACCGUCGUCGCUACCUCGUCCUCAGCAGCAGCUCUCGUCACUGAUCCCGCCGCUCCACCUCCACCCCCAGCCGCUGAAAUCCCCUUGUCCUCGUCCGCCGCCUUCGAACUCGCGCCCCCAGCACCCCUCAACGACACCGCCCCCCUCCCACCAGCCGUCACCACAGCACCCCCAGCAGAAGAAGCCGCACCUCCCGCCGCGUCCUCUCCCGAAUCCUCCACCCCUGAGUCCUCCGCCCCACCAGCACAAUCCCAAAUCCGCUCGCCGACCCUCGUCUCCGGCACCCCAACUCCCUCAGCAACCACCACAGAACUCCAACAGAACCGCCUCCCCUUCGACAUCAACACCGUCGACCUCCAAAGCGUCGUCACCGCCGUCCUGGGCCGCCGAGCCGUCCAAACAGGCACGCCCCAGGAACUCGACAUCGAGGACUUCAGCCGUCGACAGCGUCAGCGGCGCGGCGCGGUGAGGUCAGGUACGCCGGAGGAGCUGGCCGACGAUGAACUCGUGCGGGCGAGGAGGGCGGUGCAGACUGGCACGCCGAGUGAGUUCGAUAUCUCGGAUCUGUCGUAGUGUAAUCGUUGGAAGCUGAGCGGGAUGUGAUUUCUAAAGAAAAUAUAGUAGAUAUGUUUGUAUGUAGUACGAAAAACCGUGCCCCGAAUCUCCCGACCUUGUCGCUUACUCACUGAGUUUUGUACUUCCUUUUUUUUCCUUUUCUUUUACGUCACUUUUAUUUGGGGGUUGGCUGGCUGGCUGGCUUGGCUGUACAGGAUGGAAUAUAUGAGGAUGGAUGGAAUGAGAUAGUAUAGAUGUAAUAUAUACACCACCUUUUUACUUUUACUCCUACUUCAAACAUAUAUGAUGAUAUGAAUCACGG